AUGAUCAAAUCUUCUUCCCUUUAAAAGGUGUAUGAAAAAAAAUAAAAAGAUAGAAAAGAUAUUGUCUCGAAUAGGAAUGAUAUUGAAAUUUCUUUAGAGGACGUGAAAAAUUAUUUGUAAGAAAACAAGCAUCUUCUUUUACAAGAUAAGAACAAAUUCACUGCUGAAACAUUGAUGAUGCUUCUUGAUAAUGACAAGUUAGCAGCAUUAGAAGACGAAUUCAAUGAGCAUCCAAAUGGUAUCGAGCUUUCUAACUUUGUUUGGCUAAUGAAAUGCGCUAUUGUGCACUCAUAAGAAGAGAAAUAUGAAUUAAUAAAUGGGUUAAUUAAAUUAUUUUAAGAUAUUGAUAUUAAUGGUGACCAUCAUAUGGAGUGGAGUGAAUUCACUUAAUAUAUUAUUGAUGCAGUUAUUGGCGAAAAAGAUGCUAAAUUCUUUGAUGCCAGAUUUGAAAGAGAAAGAGAAUUGACAGAAAUAGAAGUUUUUGAUAGAGCAUAUUCUAAAAAAACUAAAAGAUAUUUUCCAUGCAAAUAUUUUGAUAAUACGACUCAUAUGAAUCAUAUAAGAAAAGCUGUUUACUCACCUCAUGUCGAUGCUAUUUUAUGUCUUGAAUAGAAUUCUUCUAAGCUAAAAUUUUACACUCAUGAUUGCAAAGAAGUUGAGAUCCAGUAAAAAAAAUUGUAAUUGUAACCUCCUGCUGAUGAUAAAUAAUAACCUUUUAUUCUUGAUUUUACUGUUGCAGAAUCCCUGAAUACUAUUGUUGUCACUACUUCUGAUAGAUAGUUUUUCUUUUGGGAAAAUAACUUAACAACUAAAUGUACCAAAAAUUUUAAAUUAGAUGUUUUAUAAACAGGUAUUUGGUAUCUACCUAUUCACAAACUAUGGAUUUCUGCUGGUGCUGAUUAUAAUAUCCGUACUUGGAAAUUUAAUGAUUAUGAGGAUUAAUAAAAAAUAAAUCAUGAUAAACUUAUGUUAGCUCAUCUCAAGUUAAUUACUUAAAUAGAAGAACUCAUUUCUCCACGUUUAAUUGCUAGUGGAUCGCUUGAUGGGAAAAUAAAAUUAUGGGAUUUAACUGAUCCAUCUAAUCCUCCGAUUUUAAUAACAGAACUUCGUGAUCCUAACCAAAAUCCAAGAGGUAUUUUAGGUUUAUCUUAUUCUUGUUAGUAUGGAUCAAAUUUAUUAAGCUAUGGAUUCGAAAACCAUAUAAACGUGUGGUGCCCAGAAGUUUCAAUAACUAGAGCAUUCAUAGGAAAAUUGGAAGGUCACAGUAGCUUAGUCUAAAUAUGCAAAUUUAUGGACAUGUCUCCAAAUGUAAUAUCAGUUGAUGAUAAAUGCAAUGUUAGGAUAUGGGAUAUUAGAGGAAUGAAUACUAUUUAAGUCAUCAACUCUGAUGGAUAAUUUUCUGUGAUCUAUGAUGUUGCUAUUCUGAGUUAGAAGCACGAUAUGUUUGUUUUAGCUGGUAAAAGAUUGGCUUACUAUGAAAAUGUAGUUUAUAAAGAAUAAGCAAAAAAUACUUCAGAAGAUGUUUAUCCUUUAUCUAUUGACUUUAACACAUAUUUUAAUUAAUUUUGUGUUCUUACAAAGAAUGAUAUCAGAAUUUAUGAUGCUAUGACAGGUAAACUCAAAAAAGUAUUUAAUGAUUUAACAGAUGAGAAGUUUUAAGUGGAUCUUUCUUACUUCUGUCUAGGUGCAAGACAAAGAAAAUUUUUUGUUUCUGAUAAUGUUGGGCUUAUCCGUUAGUAUAAUAUGAAAAAUGGUGAAUAUUUAAAAUCUUGUAAUACUUUAACUGAGACAGAGAGUUAGGAGUUUACAAAGAAAUAAUCAAACAUAAAGAAAAAAGAAAAUAAUUAAAUUUCUCAAAUGCUUUACUUAACUGAAGAGAAGCUGCUUAUAGCUGCUUUUUAUGACUCAACAAUUAGAAUCUAUGAUGAAGAAGAUUCUGAAGAAACUGUUUUACUAAAAGUCAUGACAGGAGCUCAUAAAGAUAGUGAAAUAACUUGCUUAGUUUAUUCAGAAAAAUUCUAACUAUUUGCAACUGGUUCUACAAAUGGAAGAGUAGCAAUAUGGGAUUUUGACAGUGGAAAGCUUGAAAAUAUUCUGAUAGCAAGAGAAAAAGGAGAAAUAACAUGCUUAUAAUUUGGUGACCCUUACCCUGUUAUUCUAAGUUCAGGUGCAUCUGGAGUAAUUAAUGUCUGGGGUAUCAAAGGCUGCCCACCUUAAUAUAAAUAUAAAAGUAUAGCGCGUUAUAUUAAUAGUUAUUGGGAAAAUGACAAUACAUUCUAGAAAGUACCAGUAACCUAUAUGAUUUGUGAGACAUCGAUCCAAUCUGGUGUACCACGUCCGUUUAUUAUUGAUAAAAUAGCACCUGUGUAGAGGAGUAGCUUCGAUCCUGUGAUGAAGGAUGAGAAAAAAGAUGACGCUUAAAACAAAAGAAAAAAAGACUUAUUCAACUUUUCACUAAACACCUAAACUAUUAAUUCAAACACAAAUGGACCUUUGACUAGCACCAAUAAUGCAGGAAAUACUUUAACUUUUCCAACUGAAACAGGAUAUGUAGCUCCUAUAUCUCCAAAUCCUAAAGAAGGAGAUGACACUAAUGCUAAUGAAUCUAGCUCUUAAUAAUAACAAUUAAUGAGCUAAUUCAAAUUUUAGGAGUCUUUCAAUGAUUAUUAAUCUUAUUUCGAUAGCUAUAACAAAACACUGGACUAAAAAAAGAGAAGAUUUUAUGUUAUAUUUGGUGAUUAAAAAGGAAUGAUGCAAAUUUUGAACUUAACUGAAGUAUUUUAAAAAAGAAAUAUUUAGCCUCUCAAAGAUGAAAAGAAAAAGAAAUUAUUUUAACUCAGAAGAAAAGACUUUAUAAAUGCAUAAAAAUCUGUAGAUACUUAUUUAUCAGCACCAGAUAGGAAAGGUGAAAAACUCCCUAGCUAUGUACACAUGUAUAAUUCAAUAUUGAUUAAUAGAUGGGAGGCUCACUAAGGACCAAUCAAUUUUAUGCUAAGAAUUCCAGAGCCUUUGUGCUAUGCAUCUUGCUCCUUAGAUAAAACUAUUAAAAUAUGGUCUAUGUAAGCUGCUUUAUGGGGCAAAAUAUUUUUAAUGAAGUUUGAUAAAAAUGUAUGGAACUUCCCAUAUGAUUGGGUAGAAAAUAAACUAAAAGAUAUGGAAGAAGUAUUUGAUUAGAUACAAAUGUUAGAUAAUGAAGUCCUAUCUAAUCAAGAAAAAGAGAAAGUAAAAAUGAAAUAUUUAAGUACAUAAUUCUUUUAAGAAGGCACUCAAGAAGAUAUAAAAACUAAAAAAUACAAUGUAUUAUAUCCUCCUAAAUAAUUGACUUAAGAAGAAUUGCUAUAAAUUGAAAAACAAGAACUAUAUACUUAUAGAUUAAAACCAAAACCUUAUGUGGAUCCUAUACAAUAGCUUAGAUCUCAAAUACAGGAAGAGGAUGAAAAAGCAAGAUUCCAAAAAAAGAAAAACGAGCCUUUUUUGAAAGUUAAGCCUAUCGAAGAAGACUUAACUCCAAUAAAGAUGUUUUAUAAAAUAAUACCAAAUGAUAGACCUAAUUCUUCAUAUUAACAAGUAUCUUAACUGCAAAACUAGCUAGAAGCGAUUGAAUAAGGUUUGACUGGAGCUUCUCUCGAAUUAAAAUAAGAAAAUUAGCAAUCAAGAAAAGCUUCUAACAUGGUAAGUGAGUAAAGAGAUUCAUAUCAAAAUUUACCUAGAUAACAAUACAAAAAUAGGUCUUCAUCAAGAUUUAUUAAUAAGAGCAUGAAAGGAAAUUAAUCAAAUAUAAAUAUCAAUAAUACUGCAAGUUAAAGUUAAAUAAAUAAGAAGAGCUUUGCUUAGGAAUAGAAAAUAUCUGCCUUUAUUUCCAAGUAAAAAUCUUCUAUUAUAAAGCAAGGCAACUCUCUUCCUUCUGCAAGUCUAACUUCUUUAGUAAAGCCAAAUGCUUUACAAAAAAAGAGUAAUGAUAUUUACAAGAAAUUUGAUUUCAGAGUAAUAAGACCAUCAUCUUCUUCAAUGAAAAUCUCAUAUGUUAAAGAUGUUAAGUAUAGCAAAGGUGAAGGUAGUCGCUUAGUAAGAAUAGCUACAGACUAGUAUACUUAUUAACAGGCUUCUUUAGCUCCUCUAAAAUUCUUUAAAGAUUUAGAUUUAGUAUAAGAUAAAAAUAAAUUCUAUAUUGACCUAGUUUAAAACUAUGAUGGAAGAGCGAAAAAAGAUUUAUCUAAAUUAAAUGUUGGAGGAGAUAAUGAACUUAAUUAUGAUAGUGAUGACUCAGAUAAAAAACCCAAGAAAAAAACUGGUUCAGUUAAAAUAGUUGCUACAAGUACAUUCUUAAACAACCCAAACAGGAAUAAACACAAAGUUUUAAAGACUGGAGAAAAGAUUUAUGUAAUAGAAUAAGAUGGGUGA